AUGCAACACCCGCCUGACUGGCCCCCGGCGCCGGCUGCCCUGCGGCCCUCAGCCUUCCCACACCCCGUGCUACAUGUGCUACACGGCACGGCCCGCGUGCUGCUUUUCCCGGCCUACUGGGCCCUGGAUCACCUGCUGGGCUGUUGUGCACCCACCGCGCGCCCGAGCAGCCUGGACGGGCUGAGAGCGGCGCUGGGCGGCGGGGCGGCGCUGCUGCUGCUGCUGCUGGUCGGUCUGCCCCUGGCGCUGCCCGGCCUGCUGCUCUGGCUGCCGCUGCAGUCCUGGCGCCGCCCCUUCUGCUACCAGCCCCCUCCGCCCUGCUGGGCGCCGCCCGCGCCCUGGCGUGCGCCUGCUGAGUCCCUGCGCUCCUUCGUCUUUCUCACAGCCAAUCUGUGCCUGUUCCCCGACGGGCUAGCGCGCUUCAGCAACCUGUCUCACAGCCAGCAGCGGGCCCGGGCCAUUGGCGCCGCGCUGCUAGCCGGCCUGCGGCCCUCGCCCUACAGGGCUACGGGCUGCAGCCCGCCGUGGCCCAGAGCGCCGCGAGGGGUGCUGAUGGCCGCGGUGCCCGCGGAUCUCGACUUCGUGUGCCUGCAGGAGGUGUUCGAUCUGCGGGCGGCUCGUCGCUUGGUGCGCCGCCUUGCACCCAAUCUGGGUCCGGUGCUGUACGACGUGGGCACGCUGGGCCUACAGCCCGGGCCGUACCUCAAGCUUCUGGGCAGCGGGCUGCUGCUGGCCUCGCGCUACCCGCUACUGCGCGCCUCCUUCCGCUGCUUCCCCAACGCGCGCCGUGAGGAAGCACUGGCUUCCAAGGGACUACUGUCCGCACUGGCGCAGCUGGGCAACCUGGACGGGCGCCGCAUCGUGGGAUUCCUGCACUGCACGCACUUGCACGCACCGAGUGAAGACGGGCCCUUGCGCUGCAGUCAGCUGACGCUGCUGCUAGACUGGGCCGAGCAGUUUGAGGCCGAGAGCCGCCACACCGGCGAGGCCGUGGCCUUCAGCGUGCUGCUAGGCGACCUCAAUUUCGACAACUGCUCGCGUGGAACGAUACUGAACACCUCCAGGCUCCACCAGUCGGUGGCCAGGUCGCCCGAGAUGCUGCAGAGGGCCCUGGAGAAGGAGAAAGGGCGCCGCCUCUACCUGGCAGGCCCGCCCAGGGGCGGCCUCUGGGCUAAACCCUGGCGGGGCCGGCGCCUGGACUACGUCACGUACCGGGGGGUGCCCGAGGGCCCGCUGAGCCCGGAGGUAGAACAGGUGACGUUCAGCACCGCCCUGGCGGGGCUCACAGACCACCUGGCCGUGGGCCUUCAGCUCCGAGUGUCGGUGCUCCCGUCACCGAGGCGCGCAGACGACAGGGCGCAGCCGGCGCAGACAGACCCGGGCGGCCUCAGCGCUCUUUAUUGA